ACGGCCAGCAAAAUGGCGGAAGGUGUGCUGCCUUUCGUUCGUGGCCUCGAUUUGACCAAAAAUGACUUCAAGAAGCUGGAUUUUCCCAAGCGGGUAGCAGACAUGCCAAAUUUACGGUGGUUGAAAUUGAACCAAACUGGAUUGGAAUGUCUUCCAGACGAGUUAUCUCACCUAAUGAAGCUGGAGCAUUUAUCUCUAAAGGAAAAUAAUUUGGCAAGUAUCCAUGGAGACUUGUCAACUCUCUCUCACUUAAGGGUAAUUAAUGCACGUAAAAACCAGCUCAAGAAUUCUGGAAUUCCUGGAGAUAUCUUUGGCCUUGAUGAUCUUCUUACCAUUGAUUUUAGUCAUAACCAGCUCAAAGAGGUACCACCUGAGCUGGAAAAUGCUAAAGCACUGAUAGUUCUCUCUUUAAGUCACAACAAAAUUUCCACUCUUUCCAAUCAGCUGUUUAUCAACUUAACAGAUCUAAUCUACCUGGAUCUUGGCAAUAAUCUCAUUGAGUCAAUUCCUCCUCAACUUAGAAGACUUGUAAACUUGCAAACCUUGAUCCUGAAUAAUAAUCCACUUCUUCAUGCACAACUGAGACAACUUCCUUCUUUAACCCAGCUCCAUACUCUACACUUGAGGAACACGCAGAGAACAAUAACAAACAUGCCAAACAAAUUGGAGGGCCUUGUCAAUUUAACAGAUCUGGAUCUAUCAUUUAAUGAUCUACCAAGAGUUCCUGAGCCAGUGUACCUGAUUGCCAGCCUGAAAAGAGUAAAUUUGUCACACAACCAGAUCACUGAAGUGUCUACACUCAUGGAUACAUGGACACAAGUAGAGACAUUGAACUUAUCAAGGAAUCAACUUACAGGAAUUCCAGCUGCACUUUGCAAACUGGUGGCCCUCAAGAGAUUUUUUAUCAAUGGAAACAAUAUCAACUUUGAAGGACUGCCUACUGGAAUAGGAAAGCUGUACAACCUGGAAGUUUUCAUGGCAGCAUGCAAUAAAUUGGAGUGCAUCCCAGAAGGGCUGUGUAGGUGCCUGAAGUUGCGCAAGCUGAUUCUUCACACAAAUUGUUUGUUUACUCUGCCAGAGGGAAUACAUUUUCUGACAAAUUUAGAGGAACUUGAUGUCCGAAACAAUCCAGAACUGGAGAUGCCUCCAAAGCCUGUCCCUGAUGAACUAGGGAGUGGACCAGAGUUCUAUAAUGUAGACUUUACCUUACAGACCCAGCUAAGAAUGGCCACAGGGGCCCCACCACCACCACAACCCAACAAAGAUUCUUAUGCAAGAAAGAUGCGAAUGAGGGGAAGGCGAUAUCAAAGCCAGUCAGAGGAACUCAAGGGUAUGGUAGAGGAUGCUGAGGAGAAAAAAGUCUCAGGAAAAAACAAGAGAUUGGGUAAAAAGCAAGACUCAGAUGAGCCUGAGAAACUUUUGAAGGGUAGGAAGUGGAAUGAGGCAUUAGUGAAACCUAAUCUGAAUUAUAAUGAUUUCUUUAAUGAAGACACUGGCCAAGAACCUGGUCUGGUAGUAUGGCAAAUUGAAAAUUUCCUGCCAGUUUCAGUUGAUGAAUUGUUUUAUGGAAAGUUUUAUGAAGCUGACUGCUACAUUGUUCUCAAGACUAGUUUUGAUGACACAGACCAGUUGUUUUGGCAAAUAUUUUACUGGAUUGGAAAAGAAGCCUCACUUGACAAGAAGGCUUGCUCAGCUAUCCAUGCUGUAAAUCUAAGAAAUUUCCUUGGUGCUGAGACACGGACUGUGCGUGAGGAACAGGGAGAUGAGUCAGAGGAAUUCUGUGAACUGUUCGAAAAUGGCCUCAAUUAUGUUGAGGGUGGUACAGCUAGUGGAUUUUACACAGUUGAAGAUCCAAUCUACCCUACAAGGCUUUUCAGGAUUCUCAAUCAAUCCAAAGUACAACUUGAGCCAGUGGAAGUGAGCACUUCAUCUCUGGAUCCAACUUUCUCAUUUGUAUUAGAUGCUGGACUUAAGAUGUUUAUUUGGUCUGGAGCAAGGGCAAAAGGAACAAUGAAAACAAAAGGAAGGUUGUUUGCAGAAAAGCUGAACAAAAAUGAUCGAAAAAACAAAGCAGAAAUUAUAAUGUGUGAAACGGGAGACGAACCUGCUGAAUUUUGGAGAAUUCUUGGUGGUCGUCCAACAGAUGAAAUUAUGGAAAAACCAGAGUACAAUGAACCACCUCCUGUGCCUAUUCUGUACCAAGUAGCUCUAGGACUAGGUUACUUGGAGCUUCCACAAGUGGAUACUAAUGGAGGGAAAUUGAGCACAAAAAUGCUAGAAAAUAAGCAUGUCUAUAUUUUGGAUUGUCAUUCUGAGAUUUUUGUUUGGAUUGGUCGCAAAUCAGCUCGUCUUGUACGUGCUGCAGCAAUGAAGCUCUCUCAGGAGCUUUAUGCUAUGAUUGACCGUCCACAAUUCACUGUUCAGAUACGUAACCUCCAGGGGGCUGAAUCCCAAAUGUUUAAAGCUCGAUUUAUUGGCUGGGAUGAUGUGCUUGCGGUGGAUUACACUCUCAGUGCUGAUUAUGUUGCAAAGGCCUCAAAACAGCUCGGAGUCACUAACAUAACCACAAAGGAAGCACAGGCUAAGCUCCAGAAGGUUGCAAAGGUUGAUCUAUCUGCUUUGUUCACUACUCGGCAACAGCCCAUCCCUAAUAAUGAGCAGGAACAAUAUGUGGAGGAAUGGAAUGAAGAUCUAGAUGGUAUGGAGUGCUUUGUUCUGGAGGGGAGAAAAUUUGUCCGUCUCCCUGAAGAGGAAAUUGGACAUUUUCAUACUGGAGACUGUUAUGUGUUCUUGUGUCGUUACUGGGUGCCAGUUGAACAACCUGAGGGAGAGGAAGAUGAUGAUGAACCAGUGGAACAAGAAGAAGACUUUCAAUGUGUUGUGUACUUCUGGCAGGGAAGAGAUGCAAACCAGAUGGGUUGGCUGACAUUUACAUUCAGUCUUCAGAAGAAAUUUGAGUUGUUAUUUGGUGAAAAACUAGAGGUUGUGAAGACACAGCAGCAACAAGAGGCCCCAAGAUUUCUAGCUCAUUUCAAAGGAAAGUUCAUCAUUCACAAGGGAAAACGCAAGGAGCCAGUCAAACCAGAAGAAAAGAAUAAACCUCAGUUCUACCAUAUCCGCUCCAGUGGCGGCAUUCUGGCCAAGAGAGUGAUUCAGAUUGAAACUGAUGCUAGACAUCUGAACUCUGAAUUCUGCUACAUCCUGAAAGUUCCAUUUGAAAAUUACUCUGAAGAUGGAAUCAUAUAUGUAUGGAUUGGCAGCAAAGUCUCAGAAAGUGAAGCUGAUCAUGCCAAGGAACUCGGAAAUGAAAUUUGGGAUAGUGGCUACACAGUUCAAAUUGUCAAUGAAGGAGAUGAACCAGAGAACUUCUUCUGGGUGGGUCUUGGAGGAAAGAAAGACUAUGAUAAGUCUGCAGAGUACAUCAAUUAUGCUCGUCUGUUCCGCUGUUCUAAUGAAAAGGGGUACUUUUCAGUCUCUGAAAAGUGUUCUGAUUUUUGUCAGGAUGACCUAGCAAGUGAAGAUGUUAUGAUUCUUGACACUGGACAUGAGGUAUAUGUUUGGAUGGGACCUCAGUCCAGUGAUGUUGAAAGGAAGAUGGCCAUCAAAAGUACACAGGUUUAUAUUCAGCAUCUUAUGCAGCUGGACAGUGGUCCAAUCAGGAAGCUGCGCUGCACCUUCAGAGGGAAAGAACCACACCACUUUACCAGAUGCUUUCAUGGCUGGGGCCAAUUUCACGAUCCAAAGAUGUAAAAUUUUGCAAUUUAGUAGCCCUGAGCCACACGGAAAAGACAUUGACAAGCCAUCUUUGAACACAAUGGGUUUUCCUAUCAUACUUCUUUCCUGCCAAGAAAAAGUUGUUGAACACACAUUUACAGGAAUUAAUGCUCAACAAUAGUAUGGCUGCCUUAAUUCUGCAAGCCACAUUCUUAACUUUGGACAAUGUGGUGCUGUUUAUCACUCUGCAGGUUCAAUGAUCAUUAAAAUGCUAGUCUCAGUUUUUCUUUUAUUGAAGGAAUGGAAUGGGUAUAAAUCUGCAAGCAAAGUAUCAGGGAAACAUAAAGAAAUGGUAGGGAAAAUGAGGGAGGUAAUCUAAAUUGGAGCAAUGUCCAAAGAACUUUCAAAUCCAGUUGACUUUGGCAUCAUAUUUUCACUGGCAAGAACAAGUUCUUUCAGUUUUGCGACACCUGAUAAAUGGAAAGUACUCCAAGUGUCAAAAUGAUUCUCUAAGCAACUCCACAGCCUUACACCUGUUUCUACAGUAAAUCUCUUGUAGAAAAUAAACCAUUUUGCAUUAUUUAACAUAGAGUACAAUAGACUUUGUUUAAAUUGAUCUUUAUUGAUAACAAAAUGAAGUUACUCUUGUUGAGAAGGUUAACACACUUUUUAUGUCAAGAUUUACAAAAAAACGUGUAAAUAUUUCUGUGAAAGUGUAAUGAAUGUAGGUUAAUCCUUGCACUUAGAAAGUUUUGAGCCUUUGAAGCAAUUUAUUAAAUGGAAAAACUGCAAAGGAA